AUGUCCCGAAACAUCUGCGCAGGAAUUGAAACCCUAAAAGAUUGGGACAAGAACCUUGGCCAAAUCACGCCUCUUGAUACUAGUUGCAAACAAGACCUCACUGAUCUUUCGCUAUGUGAUGGUGGUGGUUCUGGUGGGAAAAGUCACCAGGAUUUAGUUUUUGGGUUAACUGGUGCUGGCAUUGCUUUGUUAGUUAUGUCUUGUUUGUUAGGGGUUUAUGUUUGGUAUGAUAGGAAGGUUAGGAGGAUGAAGCUUAAUGAUGAUGAAUUUGAUUUUGAUCCUGAGGAACAACGGUCCAGGCGGGGUGGAUUUGGGCUUGUUUUCAAGGGAGUUUUGUCCGAUGGUUCGGUCGUGGCGGUUAAGAGGAUCUUGGAAUCUGAUUUUCAAGAGGAUGUGGAGUUUUGUAAUGAGGUAGAGAUUAUUAGCAACCUGAAGCACCAGAAUAUGGUGCCUCUUCGAGGCUGUUGUGUAGUAGAUGAUGAUGAUGAAAAAUUUAAUGACAGGGAAAGGCAGAGGAUUUUGGUUUAUGAUUACAUGCCGAAUGAAAACCUUGAAGACCAUCUGUUUCUGGUGAGUGAGCAGCAAAAGUUGAAGAAAUCGCUGGCUUGGCCUCAAAAGAUGAGCAUAAUCUUAGAUGUGGCAAAGGGGCUGGCUUAUCUGUCAUGUGAUGCAUGUGACACGCUACCACAACCACCAUUUCCUAUCUCCAUCCAGUCAGCCAGCCAGGGAUUACGGCUCCUACUUACCUCUACUGCUACCGAAAGUGUUCAUGGCAAUGUAUUUAUCGUUCAAAUUGGGAUUAGGAUUUAUCCACUUCAGGGACUAAUUUGA